AUGGCUCCUACACGUAUUCUCGUGGCCAACAGAGGUGAAAUCGCGGUUAGAAUUCUCUCAUCGGCCCGCGAACUUGGCCUCCACACCAUUGCCGUCUGGACAGAGGGCGAUGACGCGCACAUCGCACACGCCCAUGAGGCAGUGCAGCUUCCCUCUGUGUCCUCAUACACGGAGACGUCGUACCUGGUAUCCUUGUGUUUAGAGCACCGCGUGGACUUUGUGCACCCCGGGUACGGGUUCUUGUCCGAAUCGCCUGAUUUUUGUCAGCAGCUCAAGGCGGCUGGCAUCGCCUUCGUGGGCCCCGGUGCCGACCUCCUCACCAGGACGGGUGACAAGCUGAGUGCGAGAAGAUUGGCCGAGGAGUGUGGUGUACCAGUACUUCCGGCCUUGACCGAGGCGGUUGGUGAUUCUGAGACGCUGCGGAUAUUCGCAAAAGAUGUCGACUUCCCAAUUAUGAUAAAGGCAGUCGAUGGUGGUGGAGGGAGAGGCAUCCGCCUUGUUCGCCGGGAGGGGGAUCUUGAAUCAAGCUUCCGAAGAGCCGUGAACGAGAGCCCUAGCAACCAAGUAUUUGCCGAGAAAGCUGCACUCGACGACUUUCGUCACAUAGAAGUCCAGAUCGUUGGCGACACGAAUGGAAAUGUUCUUCACUUUUGGGAGCGCGAGUGCUCAAUACAGCGCCGGUUCCAGAAAGUAGUUGAGAUCGCUCCUUCAACUGUCUCGAAUCGUACGCUGAUUGCAUCCGUCAUCGACUCUGCUGUGCGGAUGGCAAAAGCCAUCAAGUAUCAGUCACUCGGUACUUGGGAAUUUCUCGUUUCCCCAAAGAGCUCAGAAUUCUAUUUCAUGGAGAUCAACCCUCGAAUUCAAGUAGAGCACACCAUUACGGAAGCCAUAUGUGGCGUUGAUCUCGUUCGAAUUCAGCUCCUCAUUGCCCUUGGUAGGAACUUACCGGAUAUCGGCGUCGAGAUACCACUGGAGCAAAACGACACUAUGGCCCCGCCCAAGUUAAGGUCCAUACAACUCAGGAUUACGGCAGAGGACGCCAAACAGGAUUUCUCACUUUCAAUCGGCAGGAUUCGCAGCGUUCUCUUCCCAUAUGGCAAUGGGGUCAGACUAGAUACUCACCUCCGCACCGGCGUGACUGUCUCGGCGGCUUUUGACCCCCUCCUGGCCAAACUUAUCGUCACAAGUCCCAACUGGGAUGCCACAGUCGCCAAAGCCGAGAGAGCGUUGCAGGAUGUCUUGAUCGACGGUGUGACGACGAGCGUUAGCCUGCUGCUGGGUAUUGUGCGAUCUACAGACUUCCGGAGAGCUCAAUUCGAUACGCAAUGGUUAGAAAAGAACCUUAAGGUGCUCAACACAUCGAAACGAGGGCUCGUAAAGCCAUUUGGUGAAAGCCUGUCCGACAUUGAUCGUACUGGAAAUUCUGCCAAAUCUUCGAAAUCGUCAAGCCAGCUCAUCAGGAAGGGAGAACAAUUUCAGAUUCAGAUCGAAGGCAGCAACGAUAUGAAGAUCUUCGAAAACCUUGUCUCAGUUACAAGUGUGAUCCGAAAUGACUUUCCCGAAUCACUGGCUGUCAAGUUGUCUACCAUGGGUGAUCUAGACGCUUCCUUGGACAAGAAUAUACAGAAGAGCUACACUAUCCGGCUUCUGAAGCAAUCAGAAACACAACUCAAUCUCAAGGGCUCGCUCGGUCACUCUCAAUCUACACGCGAAGAUCUCACACAGCUUAUCUGCCCUAUAGCAGGCCAAAUCGUCGAGUUCUUGAAAGAUGAUGGGGACAUGGUUAGAGAAGAGGAGGCGGUUAUGAUCAUAAGACAGGCGAAGAUGGAACUGGAAGUCAGAUCACAUCGAUCUGGGACUGUCCGUUCUCUUGUUGAUCUCGAUGAAGGAGAGAGUAUUGCCGCGGGUACUGCUAUAUGUAGCAUUAUUCCGGUAGACCGGGAGAAACUAUAA